AUGACUGCGCAGCGAUUCGUGGAGUUUGUUCAAAUUCACUGGCGAAAGUUUGAAUUUUUCCCUCAUCCUGCUGUCCUGCGUGCGCUAUUUGGUUGGGAUUUCGGUACGAGAGGACUUUCGAUUCUGCACUUUGGUCGCGUGACGGAGCAGGAGAAGAGGAAACGUGUUCGAACCCUGCCUCCUGCGCAAUCUCCUGCCGAUUUUACUACACUGGUCGGGUCUGUUGACGUCCUAUGUGCGAUAACUCAGCUCCUCUACAAGCCCGUGGUUCACGAGACACUCAACGCAGCUUCCGAUUUCCUUAGCGAGCUGAGAGUGAGCGAACUAGUGUCUUCCCAACAAGCAUUGGACGAGAUCGCAGCAUGGGUCGACGAUCAGCUGGAA